GUAGUUCGUUCAACUGCAUACUACUAAGAAUGGAUACUGGUUGAAAAUAAUUGUGGAAUUGUAUUUUAAGCGAUAUCUUGGAAAAUAUCCAACAGUUUUCAGAAUGAUUGCGCUCAGUUUUACUUGUGUUCGCUAACACUUUGGCUUAAGGAUGAAGAUCAAGGAAAAAGCGUCUCGGUCAGCCCAGGGUGAUGUUUCUGCAUCUGCAUCAGCCAAAGCUCAUCCGCCCACGCCACAAAUGAGCCAAUGGCGGAUCUUGAAGAAUCUGGUCGUGGUGUGUUUAGGGUUUCUCUUCCUCUUCACCGCCUACCAAGCACUGGCCAACCUCCAAAGCACCAUGAACAUGGAGGACGACAUAGGAGUCGUAUCCCAAAGCGUGAUAUACGCUGUCCUGAUUGUGUCUUCAAUCUUUCUGCCAAAGCUCGUCAUUCAGAGAUUCGGAUGCAAGGUCACCUUGGUGAUGUCCAUCUUGACAUAUGCUCCGUACGUCGCUGCCAACUUCUACCCACACAUGUGGACAUUCGUUCCAGCAGCUGUCCUGGUGGGGAUAGGGGCGGCUCCUCUGUGGUCGGCAAAGUGUACUUACAUCAAUGAAAUCAGUUUCAUGUACUCGAGUCAUGGGAAGGAAAGCUCUGACGUAAUAACUUCCAGGUUCUUUGGAAUCUUUUUCAUGAUAUUCCAAAAUACUCAAAUCUGGGGUAAUCUCAUAUCGUUCUUUGUUUUGAGGCCAACCCCUAGAGACGAAACAUUGAUUUGGGGUAAUGAGACAUUUAUAAACAACGACACUUUAUUGUGUGGAGCAGAUUUUUGCAGUGGUAUCAAUGAAAAUUUAAUGCCUCCAUCCGUUGAGAAACGACAUAUGCUUGUAGCCAUAUACAUCUCGUGUGUAAUUUUAGCUGCGAUCAUCGUGGCCUUGUUCCUAGAUCCGCUAAACACAGAGAAAUCGAAAUCUAAAGAGGGUGAAGAUAGUGUUUUCGCUAGAAGCAUUGCAACACUCAGACAGCUGAAGAAGGCGGACCAGAUACUGCUAGUGCCACUGACGAUAUUUAGUGGGAUGGAACAAGCUUUUAUUCUUAGUGAAUAUACUAAAGCUUACGUCGCAUGUGCCUGGGGUUUGUUCUACGUUGGACUCGUGUUUAUCUGCUUCGGCGUAGUCAACGCGAUCAUGUCGUACUUGUCCGGGAGAUUGAUAAAAUACGUGCCAAGAAUGGUACUCAUGAUGACCGCCGCUGCUGGAAAUUUGGCCGUUUGUCUUGUGCUACUGUUCUGGUAUCCAACUUCCGAACACGCCGUGUAUUUCUUCAUCAUUGUUGGAGUCUGGGGCCUGAGUGACGCCAUCUGGCAAACGCAAGUUAACGCGUACUACGGCGUCCUCUUCCGCUCCUCUGAGGAGGCCGCCUUCGCCAACUACAGGCUGUGGGAGUCCGUGGGUUUCUUUGUCGCUUUCGGCUACAGUGGCCUGCUCUGCGUCACGCCCAAGAUCUACCUUCUGAUUGCCGCCCUCUUCGUCGGAAUGCUGGGGUACGCGACGGUCGAGACGAAGACGCGUACCCGGAAGAUGGUGUACGACGUUUCGAAAUAGGUGACGUAUCCCCCGGAGGCAUAUAAACAACCUUUACUCAGUUAGAGAUCUUAUAAUUUUAUUAGGAUUCCUGAUACUAUUAUAAGAUCUCGCCUGGCCA